GGGAAGAGGAAAAAGGACAAAAAGAAGAUCCUGUGACAGAGAAAGGUACGUAAGUACUUCCUUGACUGAUUUACUCCUGGCAGGGGUCCAAGCAUAGAGUUUUUCGGUUGAUCAAACAUAACAAUACCGCCAGGACAGUAGACAAACCAAUUCAUUGAAAACGGAAUUUACUGUAUAAGUGCCGAUUGCCUCAUCGCCUCAAGGCAAGUCACAAGGCGACUAUAAAUCGAGGUUCCUAUUUUUUGACUAGUAAGUUAACUCUUAAAAGUACUUAUAAAUAAUUAGAAUGGACGUCAAAAGUAGAAUACAAAAGUACAACGAAUACGCGCGCUUUGUUGCAAAAUAAAUGCUUUCUUGCAAUUUAAUAAACCUACUCUAAUUGCAUGGAGUUUUAGGGUUAAUUAUCUCGAACUCUGAUGGGAAACCGAGAUCGGUUCACCUACCAGUACUAGUACUGGGCCGGGAAAGUAAAGGACACAUUCCAUUACUGUAUAACUGAUAAUGCUUGUAUGAUAAAUAGUCUCAAAUUACAGUGUAGAAUUAGUGAAAAUAAAUGGAACACCAAAGACUUACCUCGGUGAAACAAAAGUAACAAAACCUUUAUAGUUUAUUUUCUUUAGUUUUUUUUUUUAAAUAAAAUAAACGGUUGAAUUGGUGAAAGGAAUGUUGCAUACUAGGUAAAAGUAGUAAUAUAUUAUAGCACUCGGCAUGAAGGGCCACCAGUAAGGGGCCCACUAUUUGAUUUUUGAGCCGGGGAUGGGUUAUUUUUUCACGCAAGAUUUUUUCAGGCCUCAUUCGCAGUGGCUAUUUCGUUUUGCACAAAAUUUACAGACUUUCGUUACAAUAUUGAUCUACAAGAAUUUUUUGGGACCCUUGGGCUAUUCGGUCUCGGAUUAUGUAAUGGUUGUCCCCGAAAGGCCACCCUAGAUUUGGACCCUGAAUUUUUUAGUGGAGUGAGAACACCCGCUCUGAACGACUACGCAUCGCGGCGGCCCAGCUACCUUUUAGAAUCAAUAGAGAGGCUCCACCAAUCCUUGUUUAUAUUUUAUACCGGUCGUCAAAGCCAUUACACACGGAGAAAGCUUGGUCCAAAGGCACCAGAAUGGCUUCGAAAGUCGCACGGCAAGAGUAAACCUUAAGGAGGAUGUGGACGAGGAAACGAGAGCGGAGGGAAAGGAGCGACAAAGGAAGGCAUUGCAGAGCUUUGCGAAAGAAUUCGGACGAGGUGUACGACAGGAAAGAACGAGAGGGAAGACCAAAGAAAGAGCUGGUACACUUCCGCUUUCUCUGAGUAUGUUCAGAAGGGAUGCGUCGGCAUAUGGAGAAGUCGAUCUGCUGAAAGAGGUUCAAGGGAGUGAAGGACAAGAUGCAGCCGAAGAAUAUGAGAUUAUCUAUUCAAAAGGCGACGUAGUUGGUCUCAAGCACAAUUACAAGAGGUAUGUCAAUCUUUCUUCCUUGAAGUUCUUUCAAAAGAUCUCCACCAUAACGGUGACGCAUUCCUGGAAGAUCACAUGGGUUUGAGAUGGCUGGAACAGUCAGAAGAUCCCCUUGUAUACCAGACUGGGCACCGUGACGAUAGAAAUUCACCUAAGUGUAUCAUCGGGAAAGUUCAAAUAAUAAAAGAUGGAAAAAACUUCUGUUUGAGCUGCCUUGAAGAGCAACGCCUAGUUGCAUUUGCUCCAGGGGUCAAUUGAAUCAGAUGAUUCACCUGCGUCUGGUGGUGACGAAGAGGAAGGGGAUCAAGGUCAGGUGGACAACAGAGCCAUUAAAUUUGACGCUGGAAGGAGUAGGUCUGGAAGACCUACAACCAGACAUGUCCUGCGACAAUCUACAAUGGUUAUUAAGCCAGGAAAAGCCAUUAAUGGGCUUGACACAGAAAAGCUGUUAAACUGUAAAACCUGCCUUGCAUCAUUCAAUUUUUCUACUUCAUGUAAAGCAGGUAUUUUGCUAUUGGUAAUUGAUCGUGAUCCUUACUGUAACACACACAGGGUGAAAGAGGAAAUUCACAUAAGACUACAACAUCAACAGGGGUAGCAGAAUAGAAAUCUCUGAUAGAACCUGCAACUUGCAUUAAAAAUAAAGUUAAUGUUUUUCUCAUCAGCCCAUUUGAGCAUGUUCUAUAUUCUAUAUUUGGAGAUAAACAAAGUGGCCCAGGAUAAAAUUUUGUGUGAAAACAUGGAUGUGAUCAAUUCUUUUAUCAGGGCUCAGGAAUCAAAAUUUUGGAGAAAAUGGGGCUCAGGGAUCAAAAUAACGGCAAGAAAAUAGGGAUCAAUGGGUCCCGGAUAUACCAUGUUACGACCCUGUUAUGGGAAACGUAAAAAUUUAAUACAAAAUCAGUCUUACUGGCUUAGCCUAGCUUAUUAUGAAGAAAAGGAACUCAGUAAAGGAAACUAAUUUGUGUCAUAUUUUCUCUUUCUCUUUUUGAAGCGGUCGGUUUUUAGGCUCGAUUACCAGCCGCUGUUCGGGAAACGAACCCGCGCUCCUGCCCCGAAAAGUCUCUUCUCGGGUAUGACCCGAGAGAGCGGCGAAAUCUCGGCUCUCUGUUUUACGAUCCUGUCUUGAGAAAAGAAAAUCCUCUUCUGCUGGCAAAAUCAGCCAAGAUCACUUGAAAAAGACACCAAGAACACACAAUAUUGCAUAAGUAAGUUUACUUUAUUCCUUUUCUCAUCAAUAAGUUUAAGAUUAGGCGAUUUGUUUCUUUACGUUUUUCCAUUUCCCGUGUGGGCCAUAUAAAUCGUUACGUUUUUUGACAAUCGCUUCUGACCAACUUCCUUUUGUAAAAAUGCUCUACUAUCAACUAUCAUAAACUUCUGUCUUGUUCCAAGAAAAGACCGAGGGGACGACUUGCUUAGUCAUUAGAGUACUUAACUGAAAAGUGGGAGGUCGCGGGUUCGAUUCCCGGGGCCGUACCAGUAAUCAGGGUCUUGAAAUAACUGAGAAAUUAAGUGAGUGCCUUUGCCCUGCAAAUGGCUAGACCUUCGCGCGGCUCGGAUGACCAUGGAGGAUCUCGUCCCCAAAAGAAAUGAGAAAUGGUUGUUUACCAUUUAGAAAAAAAUUCCGGAAAAUCCGGUUGCAAAAUAAAGGGAACAAGACCGUUUGGGUCGUUCCACUCGAAAUUUUCCGGGAGCAACGGUACUUCUGAAAAGGCAGUCCUGUUUUUAAGGACAGAAUGUUCCAAACGGAAAUUCGUGUUCCAUAUACUUCAAAGCCAUCUUUGAUACCAGUUUCACGCCUUCGCAGCCGUUUUUCGGUAAAUGAAACUGAUUUGUACAAAUGGUAAACUCGAGUCCGCGACGAAAUUCACCUUUCCUGAAUUUUGCUCACCAUUUGCCCAAACCGUGAACCAACCUGUUUGCCCAGUAUGUAAAAGCUAAACAACCAGAGUCUUGAAGUAGUACUUUCGUGCUGAAUACAUUAAGGCCCGGUUCAGACGCCGUACUUUUCAUGAGCCGAACCUAAUUCGAAUUUAAAGACCGACCCAAAUUAUUUGAACCGGCUAAAUUGAUUUAGACGCCGAUCUUAAUUUCAGCUGAACUAAAUUAAGAGGGAGAAAAAUGCCCAUUGCGGUCAAACUGCUUAGAAAAUGCGUUAUAAUAAUUUAUGCAUUAGGUUAGGUACAUGAAAAGUUCGGCGUCUGAAUCAAAGCUGUUCCAAAGUCGCUCCAAAGGCGAAAUUUCCGGCCAGGCUAGGCGAAAAGAACGGUUGAGCCGAUCCAAAUUGAAACAGGCGUUCCUAAUUGAUUCAGACGCCGAACUUUUCACGUGCUUAAUUUAAUGUAUUACGGUUCGGCUCAUGAAAAGUUUGGCGUCUGAACCGGCCUAAGACUCAAAUAAAGUGACGGUUUUUUCGUGUUUCCAAAGGUGAUUUACUGCCUUGUUGUUGAUGUGAAUCUCAACGUCGUUUCGGUGACCACCUAUGUCCAGACUCUACACGUCACGCGUUUACCUUCACUAUACAUUAGGUAUUUCCAUUUGCGAAACCGUAGGCCACUGGUCAGUGACUGGUGUAAGACAUUUCCUUUGUUUACUUUUGCACCUUGCCAGUGUGCGUAUGCCAAUUAUGUUUUCUUUAUAUAUCGAUGCAGUAUGAAUACUUUACUCCAUUUUGAUAAAAAUUUUGCUUUCCUUUCGCAAUUCGUAUUUAUGUCGACAGAAUACUAUCAAAAUGUUGCAUUCGAAAAACCUUUACUUGGUUCAGUUUGUCCAGUAACUGCUCUGUGACUUAAAAUUGACGGGGUUAAAUUUAGUUUGAAGAUACUUUAUUUACAGGGAAAACGAGCCGAACAGCCUAUAACCUGUUCUCUCUGCAAAGAUUCCUAUAGAUAAAGGAAUGAAGAUUUUAAGAAAUUCUGAAAGUGGCAUCUUAAACCAUCGUUCAUAGCUAGGUAAGGCAAAUAUUACAAGCGAAUAAUAAUUUUAGCGCUCUUUUGGGGUAACUUACCUGUUUUAAUGGUAGCAAGCAGGCGGUGUGUUAACUUGACGUGUUAGAACAGACUCCACAAAAAUAUAAUUGUAUUCUCAUGUCCGUAAACCACUCACUGGAAGUCAGAACUUCAACAGGCGAUCGACUUCAGUAAUAGAUUUAUUUUAUAUCUUAAUUCAUUACUCUUUUGUGUGAAUUCGGCAUGAUACUAAGCCUCAAUUAAAAUUCCCGCCAGAAUUAUUUACAUUAAUCAAUUUAAAUUCAAAUUUCGAAGUAGACAUACCAACAAAAAUCACAAAAAAGCACGCAUGCUAACCUAGAGGCUAGGUGCUAAAUAUGAAUUCUCGAUCACUAGAGACCUUUAGAUUCUAAGACGAGUACGACUACGAGAUUUUCUCAAUACUACUUAGUGCUCGCGUGAACCAGCGACAUUUUGGCGGGAAAAUGUGGUAGCCGUCGUCAUGGAUCGGGAAAGAGCGUAACCUCCUUCACUAAAGAUAACAGUGCUAACUUUUAUGGUAAAAUGAAGCUUUCCGUGAAGUCUAUAUUUCGAGAAUACGCGAAAAAACUUGAAGUCAAAUCUCGUACUCGUAGUCGUCCUCGUCUUCAAACCUGAAGGUCUCUUUUACGCGGGGAAACGAAUACGACCCAAAGGGGCCAUUAGCAUGAUGGCGUCAUUUUACUACUAUGACCAGGAUCCGGUUCAGGGUUUUGUUUUCUUUGGUACCGAGGCACCGAUAACGUAUAACAAAAGAAGCAAUACAACCAAACAAUAAAGCCUUUCAGGAGAACUCUAUUGUUUGGUGCCAUUGUUUCUUUUGUGAUGACGGUACCUGCAGAAAGAUCUAACAUUUGGCGCUCUGAUAUGUAAUAUUUUAAAACAUUUUGCGCUUCGCUGCAUCAAUUCAAGCAAAAAUUUGUAAUCAAGCAGUGCCGUUUCACCUAGGACUAUCUGGAAAAAUUGUCGCUUGUACCAUUCGACAGAGAGACAAUUGGAUGCAUUUGUUGGAUUCAAAGCAGUUCAUUAUCAGUAGUACUUCAUUUCGUACGAUUUAACCUGAACAGUUUUAUGAGAUGCAAAUGUUUGCGAGGACGAUAGUCUGCUUGGAGCUAAGCGCGAACCGAGAAGAAGAUCACGCGCGAGGGAGCCUUGAAGGUCUUCUCUCCGGCUAGGUGAGAGUCUGGGCUUUUCGCGAUUCUUACUCGAAGGCCGUUAAUUUUGGUUCGUAAAGUUAACAACGACUACAAUAAACAGCGAUAAGAUUUUCAAUGAAAUUCACAGUUUGGCCGUUUUAAAAGCGGCCAAACAGAUUUAUAGCCGAGUUUCAAACAAUUAAGUACAGUCUUUGGCAACAACAUUUCUGGGUCAGAUGACUACAUUAUUUUACUCUAUUUCUCACUCGUCCAUGGCAAUAAUAAUAUUACUGUAUUUGUUCCAAAUUACAGUUCUGUCUCUCAAAAAAAAUAUCCUACAUGCUUGUAGUAGCCGUACAUGUCGGCCGCUGUUACAUCCCCGAUCGCUCUCAACACUGCGUAUUCCAGGUUAUCCCACACUAGUUCCUGGUAUCUGUACUUCAACAAAUAUUUCAGCUUCGAAAAUACCUCCUCAACAGGAUUCAGAUCUGGUGAAUACACUGGGAGGAAAAUGAGCUCCAUUCCCAAAUCAUUUAGGAAGCUUCGCAGAGCUCCUUCCGCUUCGCCAUGAUGCGCGGCUAGAUUGUCCACCACAACAAUGUCGCCAACUUCGAGAAUUGGUCUUUGCGUUAUUGGAUCAACUGUUUGGGAAGCCUCAUCAAAGAAUCGUAAAAACUGUACAGAGUUCGACGCUCCUUCUAUGGUGUUUCCAUAUUUUACUCCAUCAUACCCAACCAGAAAGUUCAGGGUGAGGUUUGCGGUAGACAAGUAUCUUCGCGCUUCUACGCAAUCUUCACCGACAGGUGAGAAACCAAAGUUUCUGUGACCGGCAUCAGGCAGUUGAAAACCUGACUCAUCGAAAAACUUAACAGAGGAAGGAUCUUUGUCUUUUAAAUAGUCAAUGUACAACUGAGUGUACACUAUAUUUUCUGGAGUAAAACGCUCUGACGCACAUUUCCCCAAUCUUUUUCGGGAAUAGUUGCGGCCACUUGGGAGUUUGUUCCUAAUAUUUCUGGAAAUUGUUGAUGUUGACAGUUCUCCGCAGUCACCGUGAAUGGCCAAAUCAUCGCGCAGUUCUUUAAGAGAGGACGAACCUCUUGCUUGCACCAUGGUCUCCAACAGAAUAGAGUCUUGGAAAGUACACUUAGGAACUGUUCGAACGUGAUUCAACUUUUUGGGAGCCGUGCUUCCAGUCAAGUUGUACUGCUUAACGAUUUUUGAAACUGAACCCUUGCUGAUGCGUAAUCUUCUCCCAACUUCUGAAAAACAAUAAUCCUGCGCAAGUUCGUUUACUUGAUUCCCGCAAAUCGCUUGAAAGUGGGACACCUUUUUGAUAAUUUCUUCCUUUCUUGUUGAUUGAAAACAUCUUCCCUUUGAGCAGUGCCGAGAAGGAUAACUUCAGAUUUGGGCGGGAAAACUUCAAAGUUUGACACCUGAAACUCAGACGUUUGACGUCACGUGAAAACAUGUUUUGCGCGCGUGCGUUCACGGGUAGAUGCAAUCGACGGUAGUCGUCGUUAAAAGCUGUAAAAGAUUGCAACAUUUUAUGCGUUCGUAGUGAAGAAAGUUUAGUGAGAAAAUGUGCAAAGGACAAUUUUUCAUUUAGAUAGUGCCGAAAUCACUCGUUAAGACCUCGUGUGUCUUAUUCCAGGGGCACCCAACGACAAUAUUUGGAAAUAUCUGUUCGGAAGACGAUUUGAGAUCUAGAAUUUUCGGAACAUUUGUUGUUAAAUUUCUUGCUUGCCUGCCUCUCCUAGGAUUUUCGAGCCCCUCCCAAAAUGGUGUAAUUCCCCAUUUUUAAUGGACUUUUACCCUAAAAAGGUCACCUAGAAUUUUCGGGAGCCUUUUUUCUGACUGAAAUUUUCGAAAAGGUAAGUUUUGAUCCCUAUAAUUUUCAGAUCACUAGACUUUCAGCAAGGAAAUCCGAACAGAAGAAAAAUUUUU